UGAGAUAAGCGAAGGAGAGGCGGUGGCAAAGACUAGAUCCAAAAAAACAGUGAGAUUUAACAUGAAAGCAGAAGGGGGAGGUGGAAGGACGCAGGAAGAGAAGAGAGGAGAGAAAAAAGAGGGGAGGAGGGGGGGAAGAAAAAGCUUGCGAGAAACAUGAAGUUGUACAUUCCACAGUGUGAGUGGGGGAGCAUCUGGAAAUCUUUAAAGGAGAAAGAGAGGAGGGGACAAGGAGGGAGAGGAGGAGGAGGCUAUAGGAGCAUCUGCUGAAUAUUUAGGCCACACAUACGGGAUGUGAGCAGGGGUCGUAUUUCUAUGAGAUUAAAAACCAGCUUUAAUAUGCAAAAAAUGAGCAAAUUUAGAGGAUUUGAUUAAGUAAUUUGAAAACUUUGCGAGCUUUACUGCUCACAAGUGCAAGUAUAGACAGGAACAUCAGCAGCUGAAGAAGAAAGCAAGAUUUCAUGAGAGAUUUUGUAUGAUAGUAUUUUACAGACCAAAAAAAGAAAAAGAAAAAAGACAGAGAGAGAGAAAGAGAGAGAGAGAGAGCAGGGGAAGUCUGACCACAGUGUUCGGCCUCUUCCUGCCUGACGAUCAGCUCAGGAAGUUAAGGCAGACGCAGAGGGUAGGGCUGUGACACACAGAAAGAGAUUUUCCUCUUUGCCUUUAGUUUUUCCUUAUUCAGUCCUGCUCCGAUCAGCAGGAGGAAAGAAAAGAGGGAGGUGGGGGGGGAGAGAGAGAGAGAAAGAGAGCAGAGAGGAGGUGGGGUUGUUUUUUUUUCUCGAUGGAGCUGAGAGAGAGACGGAGUGACAGAGAGCAGUCGCACACUCAAUCUGUGGAAAUAUGAUGGAAGCCAGCGUUGUUUCCCAGGACUCAGGCAACACAACCCCUCUGACAGGAGCCCUCAACACUUCAUCUACCCCCUCUCCUGAAUCCGUCCCUCCAUCUUCUCCCCUCUCACCCCCUUCCCUGCCCUCCUCCAACCCUCCCGUCCGACCACGUAGACCCAAACCACCACCUCCUACAUUGAAGUCCUCUCACCUCCCUUCUCGACCUCCUCUACCUCCAUCCACUCCUCCGUCCCUCCCUCCUCCUCUCCCUCCCAUUACCAAACCUCUCUCUUCCAACCCUCCUCCUUCCCAUGCUCUCUUCAACCCUCCUCCAACUCUUCCACCCCCUCUUUCCCCUACUCCCAUCUCUCCUGCUCCCUUGCUCUCUCUCCAGCCAACCGUCUCCUCCGAGGUUACUCCUGUUUUUUCUCCUCCUCCUCUUCCUUCACCUUUAUCCCCGACAGUCGCAUCCCCAACCUGCUCCUCACCUCCUCCUCCUCCCUCCCCUUUGAUCCCCCCAUCUUCUCCAACACAAUCUCCAUUGAGCCCUAUAGAUCGGCUGGUGGUGAGCGCCCCCAUAUGGCAGCUCAAAGGACUCAGCCAAGACCAGACCUCAAGUAUACUGGAAAAAGAGAAGGCUGGGGCGUUCCUGGUUCUCAGCACAGAGGAGAAGGGCAUGAUGCUAACAGUACGGCUGCCUGAAGAACUGGGGAUGCCUGUUGUACAAGACCUGCUGGUCAAACAACACAAGACAUUUCUUCACUUAGAGGGUUCCUCUCUGGUUUUUGAUGACAUCUUCAAAAUGAUCUCCUUCUACUGUGCCAGCAGGGACAUCCUGGCUGUCCCACUGAGGUUACCCCUGGCCAUUACCACGGCAACUAAGAGAGAGGAGUUGGACGUCGUCUCUGCUAUGGGCACAGAUUUCUGGACGUCCGAUUUGCACCAGCAGUCAAAGAGCCAGGACCCAGUUUUGGAUCAGACCCACAGCAGUCUGUACCUGUAUGUUAAUCCAGUGACUGUGGAGGAAACCCCCACUCCCACCCCCAACAAAGACUUGAAAAACUCCUCCACCUCCAAACUGGAAACCGUCCCUCAAAAUAUCAGCUCCUCCCUGCAGAACGGAGAAACCCCACAGCAGGUCACCCCAGAGGUCAAAGGUCAGACUAAGCCCACAUCCAACCAGGAAAUGAAAUACAAGCGACCCCCACCACGACCCCCGAGCCUGAGCUCAGGCGCAGGGAUGGGCCUGCUCUUCACUUCACCCCCCCCUGUUCACAAUUCAUCCUCAGCUGACAGCAAAGAGGAAGGAAGGGGAGGAGGUGGAGAAAGAGAAGAGAGGAAGUCGGUGUCAACAUCACCUCCUCCGUCGAGGCCUCCCAUCCCCUUGCAGGGCCGAGCCGCUCCCCGUGUGCCUCCUGCUCCUCUUCAUCGCACCUCCUCCAGGAAAAGCACUGACCGAGAGGGAGGAGAGGGGACGGAGAGAGAGAAGGGACAAAAUCCUGCGAAGAAAACUGAGAAAGAGGGGGUAGGAGAGAAGGGGGAGGAGAAAGCAGCAAUUAAACCAGAGGAUGCUGAACUAGAGAACAGUAGUAAAACUCAAGAGGAGGAGGUGAAAAAAGAAGGAGAAAAGACAAAUAAGGAGGAUGAGAAAGAGGAAAAAGAGGUGAAAGAGGAAGACAAAGAAAAAUCAAGCUCCCAGAAGAAGCCGUCCCGUCCGGUCCCUCCACCGAGGAGGAAACCAUGUGCUCCAGGUGCACCCGUGUUCCCCAACCAGGCUAGUUUAAUUGGUCAGAGCGCUAGUGUGAAAGCUGUCCCUCCCUCCCCUGCACGGCGGCCGGAUGUGUCACUGUACUCUCCGCAGGGGGGCGCAGCGCUUGGAACAGACCCGGAUUCCUGCUCGACCAGCAGCACGGAGGAAGAGGGAGAUCUGAACCAGGAGCAGGAGCAAAACCACAGUCGCCCUGCAGGGAGCCGCAGCCCCAAGGUAAAGCGAACCCCCACUACAAUUAUGUUGGACCGAGCCCGCUACCGCCUGUCCACCGUCCUCACCGGCCUCAUCAGCCACGACCGCCGUCUCACGCAGCGCAUCGUGGAGAUGGCUAGGGACCCUCUGACCUAUUUUGGUAACCUGGUGAAAGAGCACCGUGCAUUCACCCUGGAGACCAUGUCGAACCACUCCACCUCCACUGAGUUAUUACAGGAGAUAAGACAGAUGAUGACUCAAUUGAAGAGUUACCUGCUGCAGAGUACUGAGCUGCAAGCCCUGCUGGAGCCACAACAUCAGUAUGCACAAGACAAACUAGAGAACAUAGUAGAAGCAGCUCUAUGUAAGAGUGUACUGAAGCCACUGAGGGAGCCCAUUUACCAGAGUCUGGAGAAACUUCACGCCAACAACGACACCAUGAAACAACUGGCCCAUAACCAGUCUGCUGUUCUAGGCAGCACCACCACAGCGUUAGGGAUAACCACUGCUGUCCCUGAGGCCCCUGCUAUGGAGAAGAUCAGCAUCAAACUGAAUAAUCUCCAUCUGGAGUAUUCGCCUCAGAGAAAGAUCGAGCUGCUGCUGAAGUCCUGCAAGAUCAUCUAUGACUGCAUGUCUGUUAGCUGUCCAGGGCGGACCCACGGUGCUGAUGACUUCCUGCCUGUAAUGAUGUACGUCCUGGCUAGAUCCAAUCUGUGCAAUUUGCAGCUGGAUGUGGAAUAUAUGAUGGAGCUGAUGGACCCAGCGCUGACACUGGGAGAAGGGUCCUAUUAUCUGACGACCACUUACGGGGCCCUAGAGCACAUUAAGACUUUUGACCAGCAGAGGUCAGCAACACGGCAGCUCAGCAGAGAAGUUCAGGACUCCAUCCACCGCUGGGAGAGACGACGCACGCUCAACCAGGAGCGCACGAACCAAGGAUCUAUCCGGGACUUCCUGACAGUGUGCUGUCCUGAGAUCGGAGAAAACCCCAAAACUCUGGGUGUCCUCCCCACCACCACAAUCCAGGAUCUGGCUGAACAGUGUGCUGCACGCUUUGAACAAGACUCCUACAUCCUCAGUGUGUAUAUGGAUGACGUUCACAUGCCCCUGGCCCCUACAGAACUGGCCCUCAGUGUUAAGAACAAUUGCCAACCAGGAGCCUACUGCUUCGUCUAUCACAGUAUCGACCGACCCAACAACCCGCCUGUCCGCAGCUGCCCCACUGACCCACCUCCAGCUCCGCCUCCAGCUCCACAUCCAGCUCCACCUCCAGCUCCACCUCCAGCUGCACCUCCAGCUCCACCUCCAACUGCACCUCCAGCUCCACCUCCAGUUCCACCUCCAGCUCCACCUCCAGAAGUCUGUUCCCAAGCUGUCACAGCAGCUGCUGAUACCGUGGAGCCAGAAGCGGAAGAGAAGAGCCUGAUUAGCUUGUAACUGGUCCAGCAACACAGUGGCAGCUGCUGAAUCUCUAUGGUAACUACAACACUGUGGUCACAGCGUAACCGUGGUGACUACAUCAGCAUAGAACUGAUUCAAAAGGAGAAGGGGAAGAAAUGAAGGAACUUGUUUUAUUCUCAGGUCUCUUGAAAUAUGAAUCGAAUUGAGACUUAAAUGAAGGUGGAAAAAAUAUAUAACUGAACUGAUCUCAUUUGCAGCUUUCCGUUCUGCCUUUGGAUAAAAAAAAUCCACAUCAGUCAGAUCAGGUUCAUGCCAUGCCAUGCCAUGGCCUUCUCCUUUUGUAUUAAUUUUAUACAAGCUUAAGGCUCAGAUUGAUAUGAUGUUAUGCAUGUUAUCAAAGAGAGCAGUAACUAAAUAAAACGAGGCAUAAAAAACUGGUUUUGUAUCUCAACAUGGGGUCUGGAACCCCUGGGGUUUUUUCAUAGAAUGUAAAAGUACGUAUAAUUCUACCAUGCACAUGUAUGAUCAUGUUUAUAUUGUUUAUACUCUAUGAUCUGUCUCUGAUGUUAAAAAACAGGGGCAGACUGUAAGUAACUGAUUAAUUGGGUUCAGGAUUAUAGUGACCUGAUAAAACUGCAAUGUCUGUAAUCCCACAGCAUUUUGAUCAAUAUGACUUUGAGAAGAAUAGCUGCAAGAACACGUUUUGAGGGGAAAGACCAUUGUGACUAUUUUGUAUUUAAAGCACAAGUAAUAUUAGCAGCUAUAUGGACCAAAAGUUUUACUUUUUAUUCCAACAAAUCCCAAGUAAACCUUAAAAAGUUGAAUUUCACAUUUUGUUUUCUAUAUACUGGAUCUUAUCUGAUCUGUAAUGUAAAUAAAGUGGCUUUUACAAUU